AUGUCAGAAAACUCUGCCUUCACUAAGUGGAACGAGAUGCAGCCUGCACACGGUUCAGCUGAGGCUACUACUCAGAAUCUGGAGCUACUAGGGCUCUCGAUAAGUGAGGACACAAGAAGAGGCUACGAGAGGGCAAGGAGAGAGUUCUAUGAGAUGGGGUUGUCCUUCCCUCUCAACGCCGGGAAAGUUAUCCGAUCCAUCAGAUGCCUGUUGGAUGUAACUGAGCUGAACUCGACCUCAGCACAGAAGCGAAUUACAGCUCUGAGAACUUUGCAGAAACUGGAAGGCUUUAGCACCAUGGAUGUCGCGGAUGAAGCGCUGAUUAAGCAAGCUAUGCAAGCCGUUUCACGCGUAAGGCCCCAGCGGGAUGCCAAGCGCGCUGCCAUUAUGCCCGAGAGUGCAAUCAAGUUCCUAUUUGACUGUCCGGAAUCCCAGUCCGAGGGUAAACCAGAGAAAGGCCUU